ACACAAAAACUACAUUACCCAUGAUGCCUUAAGAAGAAAGCCGUAUGUCCGUGUUAGGUUUGACGACGUUUCUCUUUUGAGUUCCUUCUUUAACUGCGGUGUUGAACUUAUUUCACAAAUGUCUUCAGCAGCGGCAUUUUCAGGUUCAGAUUCGAAGACACACAAGCGUGUGUUGCUAAAUCCAGCCCGGGAUUUCUGGAGAGAUUAGGUGACACUGUUGGUGGAACAGCGGUUGGCAUCGGACUGUUUUUUCUCUCAAUUUAUGUUCUCUUCACCAAUGAGGGGCGAGCUCUGCAGACUGCAUCCUCUCUGGACGAAGGUCUUUCUCAGGUUGUCUCCUUGAUGCCUUCCUUCGGCCUUGACCAGCAGAACAACAACCAUUUAGUUCACCUGUCUACAGAGCUGCAGACCUUACAGCCCCUGCAUGACCCAAACUACGGUGUGGUGGUGCAGGCUGUGAAGCUGAAGAGGCAGGUGGAGAUGUACCAGUGGGUGGAGUACCAGGAGAGCAAGGACUAUCAAGAGAACGGUGAGACCAAAACUGAGACGACGUACACUUACAACACUGAAUGGAAAUCAGAGGUGAUCAACAGCCAUCAUUUCGAUAAGGAAAUUGGUCACCAGAACCCUAGUGCCAUGGCAGUGGAGAGUGUGACCGUCGUGGCUCCUGAAGUCAGAGUUGGGCCUUUUCUUCUUUCUAAAGGACUAGUGGAGAAGAUAAAUAACUUUCAGACUUUGAGUCUGAGGGAUUUUCAGGCUGAUACUUUGGAUCCUUUUCUUACAAUUGAUGAUGAUUAUUUCUAUCACACAUCAAACCCGCGUAGGCCAGAGGUCGGGGACGUGCGUGUGAGGUUCUCCUUUGCUGGACUAAGUGGUGAAGCGUCAAACCUCGGCCCAGCCCAAACUGUCAGCGUUGUGGCCAUGCAGAAAGGUGAUGGUCUGGUGCCUUUUAGGACCAAGUCAGGGGACAGUCUGGAGAUCCUGUACCUGGAGGAACUCACCGCACAGGAGGUAUUUGAGCGGGAGCACCAGUACAACAGUAUGAAGACGUGGGGACUGAGGGCUGCAGGCUGGGCACUGAUGUUCCUCAGUAUUCAGCUGACCACGCGCAUCAUCUACACUUUAGUGGAUUGGGUUCCUGUUCUCAGAGAGCUUGUUUCCAUGGGGCUGAAACUUUUCGCUUUGUGCAUCUCCUGCUCGCUGUCCCUUGUCACCAUUGCAGCAGGUUGGCUUUUUUACCGGCCGUUGGUAGCGAUGGGUCUGGGAGCGCUGGCCAUGCUUCCGGUGCUCAUAUCACGCUCGCAACUUCCAAACAAAAAGAACCAGUGACCAGUCACCUGAAGAUCCUUUAAUUGUUUGAUCUGCUCCUCUGUUUUAUUCUUUCUGAACUCCAUUUUUGUCUGAGUGUUCAUACGGCUUAGCCACCCAUCAGAGGUAUGCAAGUAGGUACGGCUGGUUUUUCCACUGUUGUUUACUGUACAGGGGAUGUAGAUAAUACACUAUUAUAGUAAGAUCUGUUCCCUAAUAAGUACAAUUACAGGUUUACUCUGAAGCCACAACAUCUCAUCCAGGUGAACACGAAUCCUGGGAGUUGGAUGUUAAUAUGAACUGCUCAUGUUUGUAGUAUUCAGCGGGAGGGAGGGGCUAACUAGUUGAUUUACCUAAGCAGGGUGUGAUGGUAGGUAUUUAAAUCCUUAACUGGUGGAUUUGCAUCCCUUAACUUUAUUCAGCAUAUGCAAAUAUUACAACACAAUUUGCAGUUUUUAUCUCUGCCAAGGAGGGAGGGGUAUGGGCCAAGUAGGAACCAGGAACCUUUGGAGUGAGUCUGACUGAGAGUGCUGAACCAGGAUUUUUUUUUUUAA